CCCAUGCUACGCCACUGAUACAGAAUUUUAAUCUAUGGUGAUGAACUAUGCCAAAAUGUUGUCUGAUUGCUAAAAUUUUAGUUCUAUGGAAAAUGCAGUUUUGUAAACUGGCACUAAUGCCUCACUAACUUGGGAGCAGACAUUCCCAGGAUUCCUCGAAAGGGAGAUAUCAGACAUUCAACUCUGCAGUGUAGACGUUGGUAAAGUGAAUGUAAUAAUAUGUCCAUGGGGUGACACAAUUAUUUUGCUGGUUGCACAAUUGUUGUGCUAGGCUCUGUCUACUGAGGCCGGCUCUACCAUUGGGCAAGUGGAAGCAGGCAGUUCUCAGUCAGCUGUAUGGAGUGAUGUUUAAGGCACAUCAAAUGGCUUGUUCUUUAAUUUGUUAUUAUUGCAUUUUUUCAGUCCUGUUAUACAUUUUGUGUUUUUAUGCUGUAAAGUGGCCUGUGAUAGUCAGCUGAAGGGCGGUACAUAAAUCUAAUAAAGAACAAAAAAUAAAUAAUCAUUUUAUGAACAAGCCUCUCCCCCAGUAUUUUUGUAUAAAGCAUCAGCGGACGGGCAUUGUUGCAAUCGGUAACAUCUUUAAAGUUUAUUUUCAGAUGCUGCAUCAAUGGGAAGAGAAAAUCAAACAGUGGUGACAGAAUUUAUCCUUGCUGGAUUUUCCAAUUUCCCAGACCUGCAGGUUCCAUUGUUUCUUGUGUUCUCUCUAAUCUACCUGGUAACUUUGAUCGCAAAUAUAAUCAUCAUCACUACGAUACGGCUUGACCGCAGCCUCCACAUCCCCAUGUACUUCUUCCUCUCCAUCCUCUCCUUCUCAGAAAUCUGCUACUCACUUGUCAUUAUUCCCAAUAUGCUUGCAAAUUUUCUGAGAGAGAAGAAGACCAUUUCCUUCAUUGGCUGUGCUACUCAGAUGUGCAUUUUCCUGGGCUUUGCAUGCACAAACUGUAUGCUUCUAGCAGUGAUGGGGUAUGACCGAUAUGUCUCCAUAUGCAAACCUUUACGUUAUCAGAUUUUGAUGAAUCAAAGUGUCUGCACCAAACUGGUGGCUUGUUCAGCAACAACUGGAUUUCUUUUUUCCACCUCAGAGACUAUAAUCAUAUUUACCUUGCCUUUCUGUGGGCCAAAUGAAGUUAAGCACUUUUUGUGUGAUUUAGCACCUUUGCUUGAAUUAGCCUGUGGCCGAAACUACAUAGGAGAAAUUGUCAUUUUCAUUAUUUGUGUUUUGGUUGUCAUUUGUGCAUUUCUGUUCAUCGUUCUCUCAUACAUUUUAAUUGCAAAUACUGUCUUGAAAAUUCCCACAACGGCUGGGAAACGAAAAGCCUUUUCCACUUGUGCCUCCCAUCUUAUUGUGGUCGUGGUGCACUUUGGGUGUGCUGGCAUUAUCUAUUUAGGGCCCAAAUCCAGUUACACGCUAGAUGAGACGACUUUUAUUACUGUCUCUUACACAAUGGUGACUCCCUUGUUGAACCCCUUAGUGUACAGCCUGAGAAACAAAGAUGUCCAAAUAGCGCUUAAGAAAUCACUUGGCAAAAGCUCCUGCACCCAAAGAAUGUGACAAUUAAGUGUUAGCCACUUUGAAGAGGAAUUAUGAAAUCCAACAAAU